AUGGAUGUGUCCUACUGCUCUCCUCUCCAGCUCCAGGAUGACUCUUUCCUGUUUGACUGCAAGACCCUGCUGGACAAGUCUUACGAUCCUCUGGCCUAUGAUCCAGCCUCAGAUACUGGUUACUUCAGUGCUGGCAGCAGCCUGUCUCCCACCUCUUCUGUGGACUCCUUCUGCUUCUCCCCCACCUCCCUCCAGGCUGCUGGAAUUGAACAAAAUGUUUUGGAGUGUUUUGUCUUCAAAAGCCCUGCAGCACCUGGUCUUACCCAUGAGAAUCAGACUCUGCCCUGCUCCAAAUCCUCCACAGCUGCCUCCACCACAAAGAAAUCCAGGUCCAGGUAUCCGGGGAAGAAGCGCCAGACAGCCAGGAGAGAGAAGCUGAGGAUGAGGGAUCUGACCAAGGCCCUGCAUCACCUCAGGAAAUACCUGCCGCCCUCAGUGGCACCAGCCGGACAGACCCUGACCAAGAUCGAGACGCUGCGCCUCACCAUCCGCUACAUCUCCUACCUGUCCGCUCAGCUGGGCCUCAGCGAGGAGGUGCUGGAGCAGAGAUCCUCAGGCUUUGUGGAGCAUCCCCCAACCCUUAGCCAGUUCCUGGGUCAGCCAAUGGCCAGCUACAGCCCACAGGAACCAGACUGUCACACAGCGAGCACAGCCCAGCUGUCCUCUCUGCAGCCCUCGUAUCAGGUUCCUAGCGGAGUUUGCUCCACCAGUCAGCAAUACUGGAUGCCACAGCAACAACUUCAAAACGCCACCUUCUCUGGACAGUGCUGA